AUGGACCGCCUUCGGUCAAUGUUCUCGGGCCAGGGCCUGUCCGGCCUGGGCUCGCAGCCGAGCUCGGACAACACGAACCUCAUCGACAACUCCGAGACGGUGUACAUCUCCUCGCUCGCGCUGCUCAAGAUGCUGCGCCACGGCCGCGCCGGCGUGCCCAUGGAGGUCAUGGGUCUGAUGCUGGGCGAGUUCGUCGACGACUUUACGGUGCGCGUCGUGGACGUGUUUGCGAUGCCGCAGAGCGGCACGGGCGUCAGCGUCGAGGCCGUCGACCCCGUCUUCCAGACCAAGAUGAUGGAGAUGCUGCGCCAGACCGGCCGGCCCGAAUCGGUCGUGGGCUGGUACCACUCGCACCCCGGCUUCGGCUGCUGGCUGUCUUCGGUGGAUAUCAACACGCAGCAGUCGUUUGAGCAGCUGACACCGCGGUCGGUGGCCGUCGUGAUCGACCCCAUCCAGUCGGUCAAGGGCAAGGUCGUCAUUGACGCGUUCCGGUCUAUCUCGCCGCAGACGCUCAUCAUGGGCCAGGAGCCGCGGCAGAGCACGAGCAACCUGGGCCACCUCAACAAGCCGUCGAUCCAGGCCCUGAUCCACGGCCUCAACCGCCACUACUACUCGAUCGGCAUCAACUACCGCAAGACCGCGCUGGAGGAGAACAUGCUGAUGAACCUGCACAAGCAGCCGUGGACGGAGGCGCUGCAGAUGGAGGACUUUCGCGUGGCGGGCGAGCACAACAAGGACCGGCUGCAGCGGCUGGUGGGCCUCGCGGAGGGCUACGAGAAGCGCGUCAAGGAGGAGACUGAGCUGACCAAGGAGCAGCUCAAGACGCGCUACGUGGGCAAGCUGGACCCCAAGAAGCACCUGGAGGACGUGGGCCAGCAGCUGAUUGAGGACAAUAUUGUGGCCGUGUCGCGGCAGAUGAUUGACAAGGAGACGACGAUGCCGCGGAAAGAGGGCGCGGUGGACGGCGAGAGCGCAGCGGACGACGAGAUGGACGUUGAGGACGAGUUAUGA